UUUUCCUUUUUUUUUCUUUUUAACAAUCAAAACUUUGCACAUGAAAGUAGAUUUAGAAUCAACGAAUGUGAAAAAAAGAGAUACAGCAGCUGAAUUUAACAGUUUAACAAAUAAAUGGAUGAAUAAAUGUAUAGAAGCAAUUAUCUACCUUGAUUGAAAUAUUUGAACCUAUUUUACCUGAUCUAAUAAACGAAAUAAAAGAAUGUCAUUCACAGGGAGAAGAUUAUAUGAUACAAGAAUUCAAGGAUAGACAGUUGAUAGAGAAACAGAAAAAGCUUGAUGAAUUAAUAGAAGAAGCAGAGAAGAGGGAAAGAGUGAAAACACAACUUGUACCGACACCAGAGCAAGUAACAAACGGAAUUAUAUAUAAAUCAAAAAAAGACGAACUUCAUCGAUUACAAGAGACAUUAAAUAAACUUAUUGAAGAGAAUUAUGAGUUGAUGAAUAAAAUAAAAGAUCAAGAUUUACAAAAACAAGAAAAAGUAUCAAAAUUAGAAUCAGAAUUAAGUCAAUUUGAUGAGAAUAUUUCAAUUGUAAAUACAAUACGAAUAGAAGAGUUAAUUGAUUUAAUGAAAGAAAUGGAUUUUGAUAUUACAAAAGCAGAGUUAUGAUAAUAAAUUAUUUAUCAGUCAUAGAUAAUAGAUCUUGUUCAGAUUGCUUAUUG